GAAUCUGUAUGACGAUGGCUUAACUGGGUCCAUUCCUGAUUCCAUUAGUGCCUUGGACAGGCUAACCUAUCUUGAUAUUAGCCAGAACAACCUCGCUGGCCAACUCCCACCAGCAAUUGGCAGUCUCACUCAUCUUUCAUACCUUGACAUCAGCCAGAACAACCUCACUGGCCAACUCCCACCAGCAAUAGGAAGUCUCACUAAUCUUACAUACCUGAACAUAUCCUCGACUGCAAUCACAUGCCCACCUGACUACAGCAGCUGCAUGGUCCCACAGACCACUUCAAGUGCUUUCUGCAGCCAGUGUGCCUCCUUCUGCACCACAUGUGUCAAGUCACCACCAGUGCCAAAACCUUCUCCAUCACCAGCGCCAGCACCCUCACCA